AUGUCGGAAAACGAUCGCUUAAUUACAGAAACAAGGGGAAUUCAACACACUCGAAUAGCAGUAGAAGAUGUUUGUCGGGCUUUCAGAGUUCAAAAUACAAUAUACGCUUACUCAAAUCACUUCAUUACGCAGAGCCGACCGUACUUUCGACGACAGCUACCGACUUACAUCGACUGCGUAUGCUUUCUGUGGUGGGCGAUGUUUUGGGCGCCUUGGCUUGGUGCCUUGGCUCACAAAGGAGGUUAUUACAAAGGUGUACCAUUUUACUGUUUCUCUGAUUGUGUAAUUUUCAUUGGAAUCUUCUGCCAGCACGAGAUUGUCAACAGAAAAUCGCUUCGGAUUGUCUUGACACAGCCUGUUCUCGACGGGCAACAGAAGUUAAACGCGCUGUACGAAGUGACAGUCACAGAAUUGCAAGGAAUGGCUCUACAAAAUUACCGGGCUGGAAUUGGGUUCGUUCAUGUGUCGGAAGGAAAAGUGAAAUUCCAAGCCUUUAAUCGCAAAGCUGAACAGGCGAUGAUCUGUGCAAGAAAGACAUCACGAUGCAUGCUAAUUCUU